UAAAAUGUGUCUAUUGUUUGAUCAAUCACAUCAUGGUGAGCGUAUUAUUUGUAUUUUAAUAGUAUGACAGUGACAGAUUUCUGUUAAUUUAAAUUUUUUACACAUUUUUGUGGUCCCGAAUUUAUUUAUAAAAAUGGACGGUUUAAUGGAACUGAGGUCAAAUUCUGAAAUAAUUAGAGAUGAAUGGACUGAACAAGAUUAUAAAGCUUACUUGAAAGAUUUAGAAGCUGGAUUGAAAUUUUUAAUAUUGGAAAAUAAGGUUUUCUACAAGUAUUUGGAGCGCAUCGAGUCGUCAGCCAUGCCAAUUAUUGACAAGAACUUGGAAGCGAUCCAAAGUAGGGCUUCGAAAAGAUAUACCACCCAUACGGUGACACAAAAGACUAGCUUACCGAGUUCGGUGUCCUCAAGAGUGUCAGUACUUUCAGACAUGUCACAACCUUUUGUUAUGUCUGAUAUCAUGUCUUUGUUGUCCACCGCUACAUCAGACUCGUUUGGACAUAGAAGAGUUCUUGUGGCAUUUUUCAAAACUGAAAUAGUAAUAUCCCUCAUGGAGGACUCCCAACGCGCCUUCCAACGUUACAAAAAAGAAUCCACAAAGACUUUGUUCAACCACAGAGCUGAAUAUGAGGAAAGUAAACUAAAUAUGGCUGAACUUCUCGACGCUUACAAUUUAUUCGAGCAAGCAGUGGUAAUAGACGGCGUAGAUCCUUUAACUCAAAGAAUUCCUGCAGAAAAGUUUUUAAAGUAUAUGAAUGAAUGGAUUAAGUUAGCACAAUUCAUUACUCAAAAACUGAUUCUUCACAUCAACAAUGAAGCGAUGACGUUUAAGAAAGUGAGGCUUGCUUUGGGUACCAGGAAGCAACUGGCCCAGAACAUUCAUGCCGUCGAUUUCGAUCAGCUGAACAUACAAAACAAGAAUUUGUUGGCAAAAAUUGAUUUUAAAACAAAACAUGUAAAGGAGUUGAAGAAACUGAACGGUUGGGCGAAUGUUAUUCUGCAUUCCCAAAGACAUUGGUUGCAAAGUCAAAUUUCGGAUAUGUCUUCAAUAAAACAAUUAAUAAACGAAGGCAACACUAGAAUUGAACAACUAGAAAAGGAAGCUGAAGUUGUGGAAGAAGAAAUAGAGCAGGCCAAACAGAAUUACCAAAAAUAUAAGAAUUUAAAGCAAAAUUUUUGCGUUCCAGAUACGAUGAAAUACGUAACGAUUAAAGCAGAAUUGUACGAUCUUGAGAAGAAUUUAAAGAAAGCUGAAAGACAAAGGAAAAUUUUGAAUAUUGCUUUGGAUGCAAGUACAACACAAAUGAAACAUUUGUGCAAGACUAACAAAGUUCGUUCUGAGUGGUUUCAAUAUGACAAGGGCAGUUCUUAUAUGCUACUGUAAUUUUUUUACAUAUGCUUUUACAAAAUAAAAUUUAUUAAAUAAU